GCGGCGGCGGCUGCUUUCUCUGGGAGGGCUGGGAGGGCAGGGCGGGCAAGGGCGGGACUGGCCCGCUGCGGGCAGACGAGGGAGCCGCGGAGCUAACGGGUCGGGACGCCGGCGGCGGCAGCUUUCUGCACGGGCGGAGGCGGCGGCACGAGCGGCGAGCAUGGCCCGCGCGGCGCCCGGCGCUGACUGAGACUGUCCAGCCAAGGCCAUGCCUAGAGUCUGGCAUGCUAAAUGAAUCGAUAGAACAUUGGAAGAAACACAUUGGAGCCAGUGCUGCUGGGGCCCCUGUGGAUUACAGCCAGGAGCCCUGGGGUCACGCUGUAGCAGCCUGGCGCCUGAUGAGUGACGGGGAACCUGCCAGGGGAUUACUGCUAGCGAGAGCUAACAGCAGGACAGCCAGCCUCAGGGGAGUGGGGAUGGGCAGAGCAGCCUUGGAGCCCGGGCCAGCAGCACCAAGACGGAGGCCUGGGCCCUAGCAGGGAGCUCGGCACACGCUCGGCUGACCCAGGCAGCAUUCAAAGCAGCACCCUUCUGAGCAGCAGCUGUUCCCAGGCCCCAGAGGACCUCACAGCAGGGGCAGGAGUUAUGAGACCCCCUACGCAACUGCAUCCAGGGCUGUGACCUUCAGGAGAAAGGACUGGCACCUCAGAUGGGAAGAGGAACAGCAGAACCUAACACAAGGAGGAUCUUGGUCUCUGCAGCAGAGUUUUCUGACACCCACAGAGCUUCCUGUGUUUCUUCUCUCAGGAUUGGGGCCUGGUUCCCUCCCCUGGCAGAGGGGUUGGGCCAGGAGGGCCAACAGAGGUGGGGGCGACUCUUGCAUGGAAUCCAGGCAGCUUGAAGCCCAUGUGUUCUCUGUUGUGAUUGGGGUGCGAAGGCUUCCCCCCUGUGGGGGACGAGGGGCCGCCUCGGCAUCUGCUCAUGAACCACAAGGACCCCGAAUGCUCCAGACUGGACCGUUUCAAGCUGCCAAAGAAGGGGGCCCCCAGAGCUGGCAGCCAGCAACUCCAAGGGACUAGAGAGCUGGGAUGGAUUGACCUCCCUUUCGCUGGGGCGGCGGGAGAAGCAGAGCCUCUGUGGCCCAGCUAGUGACGGAGAGAUCUGAUGAAGCCGUAAGCAGGGGCCUGAGUGGCUCAAGGACAGGGGAGCCACUCCUGCCUACAUACUUUCUCCUUACGUUGAGGGAGGGUGGGACCCCUGCUGCUGUCCUCUUCUUGGCACGUGCCUCUAUGCCCUUUGCACGUGGUGCCAGAAUCGGCAGGCUACACCGUGGCUGGCCCGUCAACAGGCUGGGAACGGAGUGGCCACGGUGACACCCUCCUGCCCACCAGGCUGGUGGUCCAGCCCCCGGGGCGCUGAGCCAUGAAGUGCUCCCUGCGGGUAUGGUUCCUCUCCGUGGCCUUCCUGCUGGUGUUCAUCAUGUCACUGCUCUUCACCUACUCCCACCACAGCAUGGCCACCCUGCCCUACCUGGACUCGGGGUCCCUGGGUGGGACCCACCGGGUGAAGCUGGUGCCUGGCUAUGCUGGCCUGCAGCGUGUCGGCAAAGAGGGGCUCGCUGGCAAGAGCUGUGCCUGCCGCCGUUGCAUGGGUGACACCGGUGCCUCUGACUGGUUUGAUAGCCACUUCAACAGCAACAUUUCCCCCGUCUGGACUCGAGAGAACAUGGAUCUGCCCCCGGAUGUCCAGAGGUGGUGGAUGAUGCUGCAGCCCCAGUUCAAGUCACACAACACCAACGAGGUGCUGGAGAAGCUAUUCCAGAUAGUCCCAGGCGAGAACCCCUACCGUUUCCGGGAUCCCCACCAGUGUCGGCGCUGUGCUGUGGUGGGGAACUCAGGCAACCUGCGUGGCUCUGGCUACGGGCCGGAUGUGGACGGGCACAACUUCAUCAUGAGGAUGAAUCAGGCUCCAACUGUGGGCUUUGAGCAGGAUGUUGGCAGCCGAACCACCCACCAUUUCAUGUACCCUGAGAGUGCCAAGAACCUGCCUGCCAAUGUCAGCUUCGUGUUGGUGCCCUUCAAAGCCCUGGACCUCCUGUGGAUUGCCAGUGCCCUGUCCACAGGGCAGAUCCGAUUCACCUAUGCCCCAGUGAAGUCCUUCCUUCGAGUGGACAAAGAAAAGGUCCAGAUCUACAACCCAGCCUUCUUCAAGUACAUCCAUGACCGGUGGACAGAGCAUCAUGGGCGGUACCCUUCCACAGGGAUGCUGGUGCUCUUCUUUGCCCUGCAUGUGUGUGACGAGGUGAACGUGUACGGGUUUGGGGCCGACAGCCGGGGCAACUGGCACCACUACUGGGAGAAUAACCGGUACGCAGGCGAGUUCCGGAAGACGGGCGUGCACGACGCCGACUUCGAGGCCCACAUCAUCGACAUGCUGGCCAAGGCCAGCAAGAUCGAGGUCUACCGAGGGAACUGAACCCGGCCUCGCCGCGACCCUUCCGGCCCGGCCGCGAGUCGCCGGUGCGCGCUCCCAGCAGGUACUCGAGGCCAGCCCGGGCGCGGCGGCCUCGGCGUGGGCGCGGCGCCGGCUGCGCGUCUCCGGGCAAUCGGCAGCGACGCCCGGCCGCGGUCUGGACCAAUCAUGCUGCAGUCCAGCGAGCGCUGCUGUCCCCCGCCAAUCAUGAGACUCUGGGGGCCGGCCCAAGCCUGGCACCAAUCAGCGCUGCAGUCGGGCUGAGCCUCUGUUUUUCCCAACCAAUCAUGCGACUCAAGGAGAACUUCCGGCGCUGGGACCCGUCUCCUCCAAUCAAUGGCCUUUGGAGGCGGGCCAGCGGCCGCCCAGUCCCCACCCCUUUCUGCUUUUGGGUAGGGUUUUAUUUCAUGCUUUUUAUGGAGUAGGGGUUGCUUCUGCCUUCCUUGAAGUGGCUUCCUCACGCUCGUCUGGGGCGUUUCUCAGUCGCUUGCUGGCCUGACCCCUCCAGGUCACCGAGGAGGAAAUGGGGAAGGCUGGGGCAGCGGCGGCUGGCUUCCCCUUCCCGGGGGUCCCUCGUGGCCUCGGGGUGGGCGGGGGGCGUUCGGCGAGCCUUUCUGGUGGUCGGGGCCGCUCCCGUGGUUUCCAGGGGGCGCGCUUUCACCCCAGGGGAAAAGCCAGCCCCUUCCCAAACCGCUCAAGGCCUCCGAGAGGGUUUUAGACUCCACCGUCUCUUUAUCUGUCAGGCCCAGAUGAGUGAGUGUAAACCCACCAAAGAAAUGCAGAGAGAAUCCAGAGGGCGCGUGGGACCCUCAUCUCCCUUCCUCCCUUUCCCCACCAUCGGCCACCCUAUGGAAUGGCCUUUCUGACCAGGGCAUUUGGUGUCUCACUGGGAAACUAGAACUGUAUUCACCCCUUGCUUGGGGGCGGAAUUCGCUUAGGGCCUAAUUCCGGGACGCAGGUGUAAGGAACAGGGCAGGGGACAAGGAGGCCCCGUCACAUCAAAAGUAAGGUGCUUCUCACUCACGAGUACCCUCGGCCCCUAACCCUACUGGUCGCCCGCACCCUUUUCAGUGUCCCUCCCUAAGUCCUGGGCCUCCUCACCAGCCUACUUGUUGCUCAGAAAAGAAAAUCAAAACCUGCCCUGGGAUGAUUGGGACACUGCUGCUUCUCCCUCUCUCUCUCUCUCUCUCUCUCACACACACACACACACACACACACACAUACACGUCUUUGGCUGGCUCUAGGGAGAGGGAGCCACAGGUGGCAAAGAAAGCUGGAGAUGGGGAGCGCAGCUGCCUGGUGCAUGCACCUUCUUCCUUUAACCAUCACCCCAAAGAGGAGUAGGAAACCUCUUGCUCAGGGGUGGAAUUUGCUUCGGGCUCAUAAUUUGGUUAACCUGAGGUUACCAGGUUUGGCUGACCAACAAUGAUUCUUUUAAAAUUCUGAGCUGGCCCCCUGCAUGCCUCCUUCCCUGCCCACGUGUCCCCCCAUGCUCCCCUCCUGCCUCCUUGCUCUAACCCACUUUCCAUUUCCAGCUCUAGAAAGGCUGGGGAGUUAACAACCAGGUUACAAGUGGAAGCUGCUUGCAUGACUGAACCCAGCUUAAGUCCCUAGAGGAAGCUGCUGGUGGUGGUCUCACCCUUCAAGGUGGGGACGUUUAGGAGGGGGAGAGGGCUUCUGUGAAGCUUCCAAACCACUAAAAGGAUCCCCCUUCCUGACAGUGAUGAACACAGAUACCACCCUUUUUCUUAGUGAGUUGAUACCACCUAGCAGCCUCCUGGCCAUUGAUAUGGUUCCUGCAGCUGGCUGAGGGAACAGUACAGCAGGGGGGUGUAUUAGAGGAGGGUUGGGGUGUGGGGGUGGGGCAGUGAGCACCCCUAAAAGUUAAUAUAUUGAGAACUUAGCUUGAGUGUGUUCCUUCCCAAUUCCAAAAGUAGGAGGAGUAAAGAAUGAGGGUGGAUUUGGGGGCCUUUAGUGGAACACCUCCUCAGGGCCUCCCUCCCCAUUAGAGAGUCAAAGCUCCAGCCCUUCUUGCCAGUCUCCUCUCAGUGCUUCCUGAAGAGGCUGUUGUGAGUGUUUAGAAGAGGAAAAACACAAUGCAAUCAUGCCAAACAGUAUUGAGCAGAAUAAUUUAUUUCUUUUUUGUUCCUUUUUCUUCUUUUUUUUUUUGUUUUGUUUAAACCCAUUAAUAAAUCCCCAUUCUGGAAGAGGUAGGUCCCAGCAUCUAGCCCUGAUCUCCUUUUCUGCAAUAGUUAUUUAAACAAACGUUUUUUAUUUUCUUCCCUUUCUCUCUGAAUUAAAAAGAACAAAAAAACUG